AUGAUACAUUGUGAGAUCGUAAAAAAAUUAGUCAUUCAACAUAUAAUAUUGGCCUUAUAUAUCAUUCUACUCGUCUGCGUUCCCUUAGGUGUCAUCCUGACUUUAAUUACGGCUCCGCGACUAGCCAUCAAUGUGGCCGUCACUCAGCCAGUCGUCUUAGAAAUACAAAAUUCCAAAAAUAAUCUUACAUCUCCCCGAGUAAUUACUUCACAGCCACUAGAUCACGAUGAGUUGUUCCUACGUCAAGCUUCUAAAGUCGACGCAAACCCUUCCCGUCAACUUCCCAAAAAACUCGCUUUCAUGUUUUUAACAACAACAUCUCUUCCAUUAGCACCGCUUUGGGAGUUUUUUUUCAACCAAACAUCUGAUCACAAGUCUCUUUACAAUGUCUACGUCCAUGUAGACCCGACUCAAAAACACGAACCAGAUUUCUUUGGCACGUUUCAUAACCGGAUCAUACCAUCCUCAAAACCGGCUUACCGGCAUACCCCAACACUCAUCUCAGCCGCACGCCGUUUACUAGCUCAUGGGCUUCUCGACGACCCGUCAAACUACAUGUUUAUCCUUCUCUCCCCUUCUUGUAUUCCGCUUCACUCCUUUAACUUCACUUACAAGACACUAGUCUCCUCUACAAAGAGUUUCAUCGAGGUUCUCAAAGAGGAACCAGGAUGGUACGACAGGUGGGCUGUGUGUGGACCCAAGGCAAUGCUCCCCGAGGUACCACCCGAGGCGUUUCGAAUGGGCUCACAGUUCUGGACAUUGACACGCCUCCAUGCGCGGAUGGUAGUGAGUGACGUUGAGAUAUGGUCCAAGUUUAACAAGUCUUGCGUAAGAAAAGACAUGUGUUACCCCGAGGAACAUUACUUCCCUACUCUCCUCCACAUGCGAGACCCACAAGGGUGUGUUUCCGCUACGCUAACGCACGUUGAUUGGAGCGUCAAUGUACAUGGUCAUCCUCGGACAUAUAAACCUUCGGACGUUAAGGCUGAGCUUAUACAAAAUUUGAGAAAUGCACGGCUUAGCUACGGGGAUGGCAGCCGAACGAGGAAUGAUACGUUUCUGUUCGCCAGAAAAUUUUCUCCGGCCGGGAUCAGUCCGCUGAUGAACAUAGCUCGAAACGUCAUUUUUAACGAUUCGGCUCUAGUGUAAAUUAGACAAUACGUCAUUUUAAGUUGACACUUGAGGGGACU